CUUUAAACAAUUCUUCAUUUUUGGGUGCGGGGUCUCUCUGCGCAUUUGUAUACGCGUCUCGCCUACAAAUACCCAUUCCUCUACCUUCUGCCACCUCUCCUCUGGUUCUGCCUGCUUCGCUCUUCAUUUCAUAGACUGUCGAUUCCGUGUUUCCUUUCCGUGGAUUAAUUGGGAAAGCCCUCUCCUGGAAUCGAAGUUUCUAGGUUUCCCUCUGUGUUCUUCUUUCUCUGGGCCGUGAUGGGUGCUAACAUCUCUUCGAUCUUCAUGGAUCCGGCGACGGCUCGCUCUCUGUUCGGCGCUUUCGCGGUUCCAAUCCAACAGCCGCCGCGGAGACCGACUCUGGGAGACUUGCCGGAGAGCUGCGUGGCGCCGAUUCUCGCUAAUUUGGAUCCCGUCGAGAUUUGCAAGCUGGCGACGCUCAACAGGGCGUGUCGCGGCGCGUCUUGGGCUGAUUUCGUCUGGGAGUCCAAGUUGCCGGAGAAUUAUCGGGCCCUUAUGGAGAGAGUGUUGGGCGUUGAAGACGCUGAUGGGAAGAGGAUUAGCAAGAGAGAGAUUUACACCAGACUUUGCGCUGCCAAUACUAUUGAUGAUGGCUCUAAGAAAGUGUGGCUUGAUAAGACGACUGGCGGUGUCUGUCUAUCUCUUGCAUCCAAGGGCUUAAUGAUAACUGGCAUCGAUGAUCGACGAUACUGGAACCACAUUCCAACCGAGGAAUCAAGAUUCUCCUCUGUUGCCUAUCUUCAGCAGAUAUGGUGGUUUGAGGUUGGUGGAGAGUUCGAGUUCCCAUUCCCAGCAGGCACCUACAGUCUGUUCUUCAGGCUACAGCUGGGUCGAACUGCUAAGAGGUUUGGUCGGAGGAUCUGCAACACUGAGCAUGUCCAUGGUUGGGACAAAAAACCAGUUCGGUUUGAACUGACUUCCAACGGUCAGUAUGCAUCUUCACAGCGGUUCUUGAAUGAUACCGGGAAGUGGAACUUGUACCAUGCUGGUGAUUUUGUCGUCCACAAAGAUAACGAUGCUUCAAUGACGAAGCUUAAGUUCUCGAUGACACAGAUCGAUUGUACACACACAAAGGGAGGUCUGUGUUUGGACACUGUACUUGUAUUGCCUAGUAAAUUUAGAGAAAGGUUGAAGCAUUUUUGAGGCGGAUUCAUACCUUUUGAUAAUAGUAGCAGCGAGAGAAGACUCGCUAAAAAAAAAAAGCAGCGAGAGAAGAUCGUUUUAGGAGAAGAAAUAGCUCAUCAUCUCUUGUGUCAUAUAUGUGUUCAAGUAGAGCAAUGUGUAUAUUCCGGUUUUGUAUUCUUUGUCAGUUUAUCGGUCGCAUACAAUGUAAUUCUUUCAGUUCCUUUUAUUACUGGAGAAAAGAACUUC